AUGGAAAUAGCAGUAGCCGUGGACCACACUGUGAUAUCCUUCCAUGGUCGGAAUAAAGUUGAACAGUAUGUUUUGUCUCUUCUGAAUAUUGUGAGCGCCAUCUACCAAGACCCCUCCUUAGACUCCAACCUCAAGCUCGUCGUGACCAAACUCCUGUUCUACGAGCGCGAGAAGCACCACGUGAUCCGCCCAGGCAACGCCAAAAAGUCCCUGGAGAACGUCAACCUGUGGAACAGGAAGCUGCACGCUAACGCAGCCGCCUCCAGGCACGACGUGGCCGUCUGGCUGACCCGAUCUGACAUCGGGGGACCGUCGGGGUACGCGCCCGUGGGCGGGGCCUGCGACCCCAAGAGAAGUUGCGCCCUCAACAGGGACGAGGGGCUGACUAGUGCUUUCAUCAUUGCCCACGAGACUGCGCAUAUUUUGGGUUUGAGUCACGAUGGAGACCUGAAAAAUGGCAACAACUGUUCGCAAGAAGCGCUAGACGGAAGUGUCAUGGCUCCGAUGGUGUCUGCGACUUUCAAUAAGUUCUUCUGGUCAGAAUGCUCGAAGAAAGACUUCAGGAAGUACAGUAGUAAAUGGUCUUGUCUUCGGAACCAACCGAGUGGAAUAGGAGAUAUUUCGUUGAAUGCCACUCUUCAGACUGCAUUUACUAUGGACCAACAGUGUAGGAUGGAGUUCGGAAAUGGGUUCGCCAUGUGCAGAGCCUUCGAAAUCAUCGAACCAUGUCAACAUUUAUGGUGUGGGCACGAGAAAAGCCCAAUGGUUUGUAAGACCAAGAAAGGACCUCCACUAGAAGGCACUGAAUGCGGUUUUGGAAAGUGGUGUAUGAACGGCUACUGCGAGGACUUCGCUAACCGUAGGGUGGAGAGGGGGCCGAUAGUGCUGAACCCCCAACACGGAGAGUGGGGCGAGUGGGGACCUUGGGGAGUGUGCUCCCGGCCGUGCGGGGCGGGGGUCAGAUUCCGGACCAGGAAAUGCGACAGUCCUCCGCCAUCUUAUGGUGGAAAGCAGUGCGUGGGGAAAUCAGAGCAAUGGAGUAUCUGCAGGGAUCAGGAAUGUUCUGAGCAGCUAAUGGACAUGCGGGCUCUGCAAUGCAAACAGCUACCGUCACUUUUCGAUUCAGAGGGAAAUCGACAUCUGAACUUCACCUGGCUUCCUUACGAGAGUGACGAAAAUGCUAAGAAGUGCAAGUUUAUUUGCCUGAAUGCUGAGAGGAAAGAACUUUAUAUCAGCUCUGAAAAUCUGAUAGAUGGUACACCUUGUUCCUACGACAAUGAGGACAAUAUUUGUGUUCAGGGACAAUGUCAAGUAGUUGGCUGUGAUGGAGUUCUGCAUUCAACAAAGGGAAGAGACAGAUGUGGAGUAUGCGGUGGUGAUAAUUCUGAAUGUUCAGAGAUGAAAUCGACUCUCAAUAGAAAACUGAGAAGAGAAUCUAGCAGGGUGGCUAUCCUUCCGAAAAUGGCAAGACAAAUCAGGGUGGAAAUCAACGUCACCGUCUAUCACUCUGAUAACCCUCUCUUGGCUCUCAUUCUCAAGAAUAGGAGAAAGAAAAAGUACGUGGUCUCCAUACCGAACACAGUCGUACACACCAAAAUUCUUGAAGGGACGAAAUUCUACUAUAAGAAAUUCAACAACAGACACAGCCUGUGGUCUACUGGACCGUUGAAAAACGAGAUGGUCAUUUUGGCGAUAGUACCCAAAACCGAGCUCAGAGCUGGCAUGAACAUCUCCUGCAGCACCUCGUACAGCAUUCAGAAAGACCACCUGAUCCCCUCCAAGAGGUACACCUGGAUCAUCGGAGGUUGGGGCCCGUGUUCUGCGAGCUGCAAUGGUGGCAAGCGGCACAGGACGGCCGCUUGUUGGGAUAAUUUGCAGGACAAGAUCGUGAAGAGGAAUCUUUGUUCAUUGUUGAACAGACCCAAGCUAGGAUCAGAAAAAUGCAAUACAUUUGGGUGCAGCUUUGAAUGGAUAGCAGGAGAAUGGGAGCCAUGCCCGGUAUCGUGUGGCACCAAAGGAAUACAGCAGAGGCAAGUUUACUGCGUACCUAAUUCCGCUCUGUCCGUCAUACUGAACCAGUUCAAUGGUACCAUGAAGGAGCCUUGGAGGUACAUGGUCCAUCCAAGGAGAUGCUCGGACUCCAAACCGUUAAGCACCAGGCCUUGCAACAGGCAACCGUGUUUUUCGUAUUGGAAUUUCACAGAAUGGUCACAGUGUUCAUCAUCUUGCGGGCACGGCAUCCAAACCAGGUCCUUCGUUUGUCCCCCUCCAGAAGACGAAACCUUCUUCACCUGCGGUCCCACGCCUACUGCGCAGAAAAGAAGCUGCAGCGGGCCUUUCAACAGACGCUCCCACCACCUCUGCAGAGGCAGGAGAGGGGGAAGAUGCGUCAAAGACGAGUCCGAGUAUUGCAGUUUCGACCUUUUGCGCAGCUACUGCAAACUGGGAGGUUUCAGGAAGCUGUGCUGCAAAUCUUGUUCGGGGCAUACGGUCCAGUUGGACAAUAAUUUAGUAGUGUCGCUAACCCUUUGA